AUGCAAAAUCGUUCGCUUGGUGUACCAAUCUUCCCAAACAAACGUUCUGAUGCAAUCCUCAAUGAUCCAGCUCUACUGCACUUCGGGAGCCCUGGGAAAUUCAGCCGCCCGAAUACAGCACAUUCAUAUUUGGGACUGAACCUGCAAAACGUAAGGAAACAACGUCAAGCAUGUGUUCCAGUUGAAAAAGCGCAAAAAGUACGAGAUGCGAUAUUAAACGCACCGAUGUUUCUGCAGUCAACAAACGAUACAAUUUUUAAACUAAAUAAGCAGGAGCCAACGAAUAUUCCAAAAGGGCGUGGAACAGCGAAACGGACAAGCUCCGAAAGCGUGCUAGAGCCAGCAAGUCUUUCGAAUUGGCACAGCGUUCAGGAUUUGAUGGAUUCAUCGAAACGGUCCAGCACAUUCCGCGAUUCAUUCAAGGAAAAACAACGAGCAAUUGCGGCUGUAAUCCAGCGACAACCACCAUUCGCUAAAACGGGACUGCUUCCAGGUAUAAGAGACGGCGAACGAGAAAGUUGCAGUGAUGGUACAGCCAACGGUUAUGAAAUACUGAAGGACUUGGACAAUGCUUUGGACAGCGAUGAACAUAUGCCGGUACAGAAUAAAGGCUGGGAUGAUGGUGCUGCCUCAACAUUCAUUAAUCGUUUUGUUGCAGAUGAUACUGCCGACAAAUUUAUAUACUUCCCAACGCCAGUGCCAAAUUUCUCCGGUUUUGGAAGCUGUGACACUGUAGCUGGCGCCUCUUUUUCGAUUGCUGAAACCACUCAAUGCAAAGAAUAUAAAAGUUUUGGGUGA